AUGAACUUUUUAAGAUAGGCUGAUUUUUUUGGAAUUCCAUUUAUACAACAAAUAGAUUUGAAGCAAUCUAUAUACAAAAGUGCCUUUGGAGGUCUUGUUACUUUACUAAUAUUCUCUGCUAGUGUAGCUUAUUCAAUCUGGGUUCUUUAUCUAUGGUAAAUUAAUUAACUAAGCCCUAAAAUAUCAAACUCGAUCUAUAAGUCAGACUUUAAAUUGCUUGACAUGAAUUACGAUAUCAUCAAAUUAUACUUUUGGAGAUUCGAUUAAGACAUGAUUGAUCCAUUUGAGGAGAAAAUUUUAUUACCUUUAGUGAUGUAUACAACAAAUUUCAGUUUCACCGAAUUAGAAACUUUGGAAAUAUCAAAUGAAACCACAAUUGAUGGUAUUAGUAAGUUUAUCAUCCCCAAAAUGCGUUUAGCUUUUUAAGAAUUUAAUGGGGAAAUAUUUACGACAACAGAAAUGUAUAUUUAAAUAGUUAAAUGCUCAGAGAUAUAUCUGAAGCCAAAUGAAAAAUGUGCCUCUCAAGAAUUGAUAGAUAAGUUUUAUAAACAAUCCUUAAACAUUGCAGUUCUGCAAAUUCACUAUAAGUAGUUGAAUUCAAAAGACUGCUCUGAAUAAACAAGUGUACAAGAAUUUUAUAUUUAAUUGGAAUAAUAAAAUUGUUACACAUUAAAUACUUUUUUAUAAAGUAGUUUUUACGAAAUUAGAGAUUCCUUUCUUUUUGGUUCCCCAAGAUAUAUUGAAUACAUAAAUGGGGCUUUAAUUUAACCGUAAACCAAUUCCAUUGAAUAUUGCAAGCUUGCCUAUGAUAAUGAUGUCUUAGGAUUAAUUUACAUUGUUAUGAAAGGAAAUCAAGUCAAAACGAUAUUUGAGUAUCCUCAUGCUGGAGAUUUAUUGGCAAACAUUGGAUCAAUAGUAUCAGUAUUAUUUAUGAUAAAAUAUUUAAUUAUCAUAAUAAAUUAGUAUUUUUUGAAUAAUCAGAUAAUCAAAUAGUUGAUUGAACUGUAUUAUCCUGAAUAUAAGCAUAUUACAAUUCAGAAAAAUUGGAAAAGACAAAUUAAAUUAGUCAAAUAUUAAAAUAACUAAGUGGAUCUUAAAGAAUUUUAGUCUUUUUAUGAAAAAAUUUAUGAUUAAAUGAAGUCAAAGUUUAGUUUUAUCAAUCUAUUGUAUGAGAUAUCCAGAAUACAGCUCCUAAUAAGAUCAACAAAGAGUAGAGAGGAAUUUCGAAAAUCUCAUUAAAUUGGUAUUAAAUUGAAUUUUUCAAAUGAAAAAGAGUUUAAUUUCUCAGCUGCUAAACCAAGUUUUACGCAAAGGGCCUGUUCAAAUCCGCUUUACUUAACUGAUGAAGAGGUAGAUAUACUAUCAUUAAAUGAACGUACAAGAGAGAUAAAUUACGAUAAAAUUCCAGAUGAAUUAUCGGAAUAAAAUGAUUUCUAUGAAAUCAAUAAAAUAACUUGA